AUGGCAUUGCAUACCAUGCUUGUUAUGCAACUGAUCUUUUUAGUAAUAGUGGGAGUACUGGUUAUAACAAUAACAGCUUCAACAAACACAUCAGCAGCAGCAGCAGAGGCAGCUCAGUCCUUGCUAGGAUGCGAAACCCAGUGUGGUGAUCUCAUGAUCCCAUACCCAUUUGGCAUAGGUGACGGUUGUUACAUGCGACCAGAAUUCAACAUCACUUGUGACCAGUCCACCACACCUCCAUCCGCACAUUUCACAAUUUCUAGCAUACCUAUUGCUCAUAUAUCCCUUGAUGAGGGUGAACUGCGAAUAAUGCAAGAGGCAGCUGUACAAUGUAAUGACGCUCAGGGGAAUGAAACGUACUCUUACUGGCCUUCUCUCCUGUUGCCUCCUCCUUACACUAUCUCUGAUACCAAAAACAAGUUCUUUGACAUUGGCUGUAAUACUGUAUCAAUUUUUCAAGCUGACCGUACGCACCCUGGGCCAGAUGAAGACAAAACCAUAGUGGGGUACACCAUGGUUUUAUGUGAUGAUGAGCUUAGAAAAGUACUUACAAACUCUUGCGAUGGCGUUGGCUGCUCCCAGGCACCUAUCCCAAGUGGAUUGCAAAACUUCACAAUUAUGCUGGGGAAUGUAUUUGUGGAUGAUUCAGGUACAUGGUUGACAAAGUAUCCUUGCAGCUAUUCCUUCAUUGUGGAACAAGCCAUGUUCACAUUCUCCCCCAAUACAAGUUUUGAUUUACUGAAUACCACGAACCAGCUUCCACUGAUUGUUAAUUGGGGGAUUGGGGAUGAACCAUGUGAUGAAGAGAGCCAGAAUAAUGCAUGCAAGGCAGUAAAUAGCAAGUGUGUCAACCGACCUAUCAUCAAUGGACCGUCUGGUUACAUUUGCCAAUGCUUACCAGGUUAUGAAGGGAAUCCAUACCUCCAAGAUGGCUGCAGAGAUAUUGAUGAGUGCAAGGCUUCAAACCCCUGCAACCUUGGAAUGUGCAUCAAUUCACCCCCAGGAAACUACUCUUGUUUAUGCCCCAAAGGAUACAGAUAUGAUGGUGUAAGUGUAGGCUUCUUGGUUUUGUUCAUUGGAAUUUCAUGGACAUACUGGGGAAUAAAGAAAAGAAACUUCAUUAAGCUCAAAGAGAGGUACUUUCAAGAAAAUGGUGGUUUGCUGUUGCAAAAACAACUCUCCAAUCAUGGAGGCUCAGUGGAGACAACAAGAAUCUUCACUGCAGAAGAACUGGAGAAGGCCACAAACAAUUACCAUGAAAGUAGAAUCCUUGGUGAAGGAGGAUAUGGAACUGUUUAUAAAGGAAUACUACUAGAUAACAGAGUGGUUGCCAUUAAAAAGUCUAAAAUCGGUGCCCCGGCCCAGAGUGAUCAAUUUGUUAACGAGGUGAUUGUUCUUUCUCAAAUCAAUCACAGAAAUGUGGUCAGGCUAUUAGGUUGUUGCUUAGAGACAGAAACACCUUUACUAAUUUAUGAGUUCAUCACCAAUGGCACUCUUUAUGAGCACAUACAUAAGAAAAGAUCGCUACUCUCUUUGGAAUUACGACUGAAGAUAGCAGCUGAAACGGCAGGAGCACUUGCAUACCUACAUUCCUCAACUUCCAUGCCAAUUAUACAUCGAGAUGUGAAAGCAAUGAAUAUACUCUUAGAUGAUAACUAUACAGCAAAAGUGGCAGACUUUGGAGCGUCACGAUUGAUUCCUUUAGGCCAAACUGAACUAGAAACUUUGGUGCUAGGGACAUUUGGUUACCUAGACCCUGAAUAUUUGCAAUCAAACCAACUAACAGAAAAGAGUGACGUUUACAGCUUUGGAGUUGUCCUGCUGGAGCUAAUAACUAGCAGAGUGGCACUCUCUAAGAAUAGAUGCUUAGCAAGCAUCUUCAUCUCUGCUAUGGAAGAAGAUUGGUUGGAUCAAAUUCUUGAUGAUAAUAUAGUGAAUGAUGGAAAUAUGGAGACGGUAAAAGAUGUAGCCAAACUUGCAAAAAGAUGUUUAAGUGUAAAAGGGCAGGAGAGGCCAACCAUGAAAGAGGUAGCAAUGGAGCUAGAAGGAAUGAGGAUGAUGGCAAAGCAUCCAUGGGGGAAGAAUGCUGAUUUUUUUCGAGAAGAGAACGAGACUUUGCUCAGUUCACGUCAUGCAAACACUCACACGGUGGAUAUUAGAGGUGCUGGUGGUUCUGACACAGCAGGUCAAGCUUUGCCAGGCUGUCCCAAUCGCUGUGGCGAUUUGGUUAUUCCAUACCCUUUUGGCAUAGCUGAAGGUUGUCAAUUGGGAGAUGAGUUCUUCAUCAACUGUACUACAGUGGAAGGAACACCUCCAACACCAUAUCUGGCAGGAACUGUAAUCCCAGUUUCCAACAUUUUUCUUGAUCAAGGUGAGUUACAAAUAAUGCAGCUUGUAGCUAGAGACUGUUAUGACAACAAUGGUGUUUUGGAUAAGAAACUCAGCAAGACACGAAUAUUGAGCCUCAAUCCUCCUUUCACAAUUUCUGGCGCCAAAAACAAGUUCUUUGCUGUUGGUUGUGAUACUUAUGCAAUCUUCGAAGGCUAUCGAGGCCAAGAAAGGUACAUAACUGGCUGCAUGUCCUUCUGUGAGAGACUUGGGAGUGUUAAUGAGUCUUGUUCUGGUAUAGGGUGUUGCCAAACUUCAAUCCCAACUGGACUGCAAAACCGCACGGUCAAGAUGGAUAGCUACUACAAUCAUACCUUCAUAUGGAACUUCAAUCCCUGCAGCUACUCCUUCAUUGUGGAAGACGGCCAGUUUGAGUUCUCUAGUAAAAGUUUUCAAGAACUGGACCACACAAGCCGGCUUCCGAUGGUUUUGAAUUGGCAAAUUGGGAAUGAGACAUGUGAUGAAGCUCAAAAGAAGCAGGGCUAUGCUUGUAAGGGAAAUACAACAUGUGUCAACCCCAUCAAUCAGUCUGGUUACUACUGUCAAUGCUUGCCAGGUUAUGAAGGGAAUCCAUACUUACCAGAUGGUUGCCAUGAUAUUGAUGAGUGCAAGAAUUCAAACAUCUGUAGCGAAGGAGCGUGUGUAAACUCACCAGGAACUUAUGCUUGUUUAUGUCCAAAAGGGUUCGAAGGCGAUGGAAAGAAAGCUGGAACGGGUUGCAGGAAAGACAAUUCCACCACUCCUUCUCAGACAUCUCGCUUGCUCGUUAUUUCGCUGAGUAUGAGUGUAGCCUUCUUGUUCUUAAUGGUUGGAAGUUCAUGGACAUAUCUGGGAGUGAAGAAAAGGAAGUUCAUCCAACUGAAAGAAAAGUACUUCAAAGAAAAUGGUGGCUUAUUGCUUCAGCAGAAACUCAAUAAACAUGAAGGAGCUGUGCAGACAACAAAAAUCUUUACUGCAGAAGAACUUGAGAAGGCUACAAACAACUACCACGAAGAUAGGAUCGUCGGCGAAGGAGGCUAUGGAACUGUUUACAGAGGGAUAUUAGCAGAUGGCAAAGUGGUUGCUAUAAAGAAGUCGAAAAUCGGAGCCCCAACCCAGAGUGAACAGUUUGUUAAUGAAGUGAUUGUUCUUUCUCAAGUCAACCAUAGAAAUGUGGUGAGGCUGUUAGGUUGCUGUUUCGAAACACCAGUGCCUCUACUGGUUUACGAGUUCAUCACCAAUGGCACUCUAUUUGAGCACAUACAUGGUAAAAAGGGCAAAAAAGCAUCCCUUCCGUGGGAAUUACGAUUGAAGAUAGCAGCAGAAAUCGCAGGAGCACUAGCAUACUUGCACUCCUCCAUUUCCACGCCAAUCAUUCACCGAGAUGUGAAAGCAACAAAUGUACUGAUAGAUGACACAUACACAGCAAAAGUGUCGGAUUUCGGAGCUUCAAGGCUGGUUCCUCUAGAUCAAACUCAGAUAACAACUUUGGUACAAGGGACACUCGGAUACUUGGACCCCGAAUACUUCCAUUCAAACCAACUAACAGAAAAAAGUGAUGUCUAUAGCUUCGGAGUUGUCCUGGUGGAGCUACUCACAAGCAAAUUAGCACUUUCAUUUUCAAGGCCUGAGGCGGAGAGAAACCUAGCAAGCUUCUUUGUCUGUUCAGUGGAAGAUGGUCACAUGAAUCAAAUUCUUGACGAAAACAUAGUCAAUGAGGUGAGUAUUGAGACGCUAACAGAAGUAGCAAACCUGGCAAGAAGAUGUCUAAGGGUAACAAGGGAGGAAAGGCCUACAAUGAAAGAAGUAUCGAUGGAGCUGGAGGGAAUGAGGAUCAGUGCAAAGCAUCCAUGGGGAAAGACUGGUUUCAGCCAAGAGGACACUGAGCACUUGCUUGGUUCACCUUCAUUUUCAUCUUUUAGAGGUGAUUGCGGUCCGAACAGUGCAACAAUCACAGCAGCUAGUGUUUAUGAAAGCAUGCGAAAAGAAAUGUUAAUGGCAUAUGAUAACGGGCGAUAA